CUUCCGCGGACUGUUUUUAUUUAUUUCUUUGUUUCAUGUGCAUAAAACAACAACAAUGGUGGAUAAUUGAAGAAGUGUGAACAUUAGGAUGAGCGAAUGACAUUUCCACUUACAGUUACCAGACCGAUAUCACAGGUGAAUCAACAGGGGGAGGAUGAAGCGGCGCAAUGCGGACUGCAGCAAACUCCGACGGCCGUUAAAACGGAACCGAAUCACCGAGGGUAUAUAUAGCAGUACGUUCCUGUACCUGAAGUUCCUGGUGGUCUGGGUGUUAGUUCUCCUGGCUGACUUUGUUUUGGAGUUCAGAUUUGAGUACCUGUGGCCAUUCUGGCUUUUCAUUCGAAGUGUCUACGACUCCUUCAGAUAUCAGGGGCUGGCAUUCUCUGUGUUCUUCGUAUGUGUGGCGUUUACAUCAGACAUCAUCUGCCUCCUUUUUAUCCCUGUCCAGUGGCUGUUUUUUGCUGCCAGCACCUAUGUAUGGGUUCAGUAUGUGUGGCACACAGAUAGAGGGGUUUGUCUGCCAACUCUGUCACUGUGGAUCCUGUUUGUGUACAUCGAAGCUGCCAUACGGUUUAAAGAUCUGAAGAACUUUCAUGUAGACCUAUGUCGACCCUUUGCUGCUCAUUGUAUCGGCUAUCCGGUGGUAACUUUGGGCUUCGGCUUUAAGAGCUACGUCAGCUACAAAAUGCGACUGAGGAAACAAAAAGAAGUGCAAAAGGAGAAUGAAUUCUACAUGCAGCUGCUACAGCAGGCUUUGCCGCCAGAGCAACAGAUGCUGCAGAGACAAGAGAGGGAGGCAGAAGAGGCUGCUUUAGCUAAAGGGGUCCAGGAGGUAGAACCCUCAGUAAUAUCCCAAAAUGGAGCACCUCCUGGAAAGAAAGGUACCUCAGUCCCAUUACCAGAACUGGAAUACCGGGAAAAAGGGAAGGACAGUACAGCAAAAGAGCGUGAGAGUAAAAAACAGAACAUGAUUGGAAUCAAUAACAACAGUAUUAUGCACACACUGGACUCCAAACUACCGGAGACAGAGUACAUUGAGAACUACGUUGGCGCCAAGAGACUGAAUAAUGAUCUGGCAGGAGAAAACACACAUGCAGAUACCAACAUACACUCUGCUGCGAAAGAGGAGACUGGGGGGACAGGAAAGAACUACAAAAAUGCCAGCGGAGGUGGAAGCACCAUUUCCAACUCAUCUCCACGAAAUCACAGUUCUACAAAUGGCAGUGUGCCGCCGGGCUCCUCGACCAGUAAGACUGAGAAGAAGCAGAAAGGGGCAGGGAAGGGUCAGAAGGACCCGGUGGAAAACUGCAUCCCCAACAACCAGCUGGGCAAGCCGGAUGCGCUAAUACGGCUGGAGCAGGAUGUGAAGCGCUUGAAGGCAGAUCUUCAGGCUAACAGGCAGUUGGAGUCUGAGCUGCGGGGACAGCUUUCCUCGCUGAGCAGCCAGGACCGCAGCCUUCGCUCUGAACUUGGCCAGCUGCGCCAGGACAACGAGCUACUACAGAACAAGCUCCACAGUUCUGUCCAGGCUAAGCAGAAGGAUAAGCAGACCAUCUCCCAGCUAGAGAAGCGGCUGAAGGUCGAGCAGGAGGCUCGGGCCCUGGCUGAGAAACAGCUGGCUGAAGAGAGAAAGAGGAAGAAGAUAGAGGAAGCCACUGCUGCCAGAGCCGUAGCUUUGGCUGCUGCCACCAGAGUUGAGUCCACUGAUUCUCUGCGUGGUCGUAUUAGAGAGCUGGAGACAGAGUUUAAGAAGCUCAGCAUGGACAUGAAAGUUAAAGAGGAGCAGAUUAGGGACCUUGAGGGCAAGUGCCAGGAGCUGCGAAAGUAUAAAGAAAAUGAGAAGGACACCGAGGUGUUGAUGUCUGCGCUGUCAGCCAUGCAGGAGAAGACCCAGCACCUGGAGAACAGUCUGAGUGCUGAAACCAGGAUCAAGCUGGACCUCUUCUCCGCCCUGGGUGACGCCAAGAGGCAGCUAGAGAUAGCACAAGGCCAGAUCCACCAGAGGGAGCAGGAGAUUGCAGAGCUGAAGCAGAAGAUAGCAGAGGUGAUGGCGGUGAUGCCCAGCCUGUCCUACUCGCCAGACGGCAGCAGUCUCAGCCCCGUCACCCCGCACUACUCCUCCAAGUUCAUGGACAGUAGUCCCUCCUCUUUGGACCCCAACGCCUCAGUCUACCAGCCCCUCAAAAAGUGACUCUGACAGCCACACUUCAUGUCACAAUGAACUUUAUCUCUUUCUCAAGCUUUCUGUUCCAGUUUGAGCCUUUUUUUUCUGAGUUAACAGCUCCUGACAGUUUUGCACUCUAAUUUACCACACACAGUGCACAAAGCCCCUCCAUGCAUAUCUGUUUGAGUCCUUUUUUUGGUUCUAUUAUGAGAACUAUUAUUCAGAGGUGGUCGCCGUACAGUAUGAUGUUUUUCGUUGGGUUUUGGGAUUUAGCCAUUCGACGGUGUGAUCAGUUUGUAGGGGGGUGACAACACGGUGUGUUAGCCAAAUGUCAAAUGCAGAGCCAUCAUGCAUUGCUUUAUGUUGGUCUUCUUUUGGUGUAGAGUAAAACCCCCCAGAGCCAUAUUAUUUCCCAGAGCGAGCUGAUCCCAAGAUCUUUACUUCAAAAGACUGCUUUAGUGAUGGUAUGUGAUAAGGCUGGAGACAUGUUUCAGUUCUGAUAGGAACUGGAAACCCACCUGUAAAGUAAAGCCCUGUGAGAGAUACAUGAAAAUAAAACGAUUCAUGUUUCCUUAGCACUAUUAACUUAAAUCAGUGAUUGUUUUGUAAAGCUUCAGUUCAGUUACGACAGUGUACAUUUCUUCUAAAACGGUGAUAUUGAACUUUUGCCGUGUUCCUCAGAUACUAUUUAUUCUCCUAAUGCUGGAGUAGUGCAUUCUCCAUGAUUACUAGUAAGUGGAUGAUGCAGCUGUAGUUUUAUCCUAAAACAAACUGAGCUGUUGAGAUUCGACCUGGCACUGCCAAAAUUUUCCAUCUAUGUUCACCUGUUUUUCCUUUCGCGCUCUCCUUCUGGACCAAAUUCGAACCCACUAGGCCAUAUUGUUCACUGGAUUUAAUGAUGUCGAGGUAACCGGUCGUUACCAUUAUUUGCAGAUUUUACAGUGCCUUGUUGUUUCUCUUUUUUGAGAUGCAGAAACCACAUACUUUGCAACCCUGGGAUCUAAAAGCAUCAAGUUUUAAAAGCCUCAACAUCAUCUUUUUUUCCUCGCUUUAAUAUGGCAGUUUUUAUUUUUUUUACAGCAUCAUUCCUAGUCAGUAUUCUGAAGAGGCACCUCAGACAUAUUUAUUCUGUUUUGCAGCUAAUUGAUCACAGUCCUACAGGCUUAGAGGAAAAACAUAACAGUGGACAUUGUGCAUGUGAUUUCAUGGUGACACAAUCUUGGUAUGCCAAACAACAGCCAAACUGAUUGUGUGUUAUCAUGCCCUAGAGUUGGCAUUUAGUUGUUUACAACAAUGUAAAUUAACUGAGGAAUGUUUUCUUUGUUUAUUUGAUUUCAGUUCUUAAGUGCCAAGUGUUGAUGUUCGGUUUCCAUCCAUACUUUGAUCGAUGUAGCUAGCCUAAUGUUUGCAGAGGAGUGCUUUUUUGUCAUUAUAACAUAUUUGAAUGGCGUGUUUACAAGAUUCUGGUCUUGGUGAAGAGGCAGGUGGUCAGCUGAACUAACUGUGUUAUUUACACAUUUAUUUAUUUGUUGACCAUUUAUUCUGUGGCACCUUCUUGAUAUUUCCCACCAUAUUCAGUUGAUUUCCUAUAUUUUCUGCCAGGAAGGAUUCUGUAAAUGUGUUGUGUUGGGAAAAGGUUACCCCUGAACCAUUUGACCAUGUUGUGCUGUCAUGUGGCCUAUACCUGGAGAAUCAGUAUUUUUUGUGGAUCGCUCUGACGUGUUAAAUUGAGUUCUCAAGUUGCUUUUAUAAAUGGGUGUAGAAAGAAGGGAAGGUGACAAAGUGUUUUGCUUUAUCUUUUCAUUGUUCCACCAUGUUUAUUUUCUUUAUUCAAAGUGAUGGUGGCUGUGUUACACUUUUCACUUUGACCAUCACUAUUAAAGAAAGUCUUGCUGGUGGCAGUGCAAGCUGUUAAAAUUG